CGCGGAAGGACCGGGCUGGGGGUUGACGGGUUAGGCGCUCGAGGGAGACCACGGCUGGAGGGACCGGGGCUGGGCGGGAGCGGGGGGGUCGCUGGGUCCCCCCCUCCGGCCCCCCGCAAUGAAGAGGGUCCUUCACGGAACUGGGGUGAGGCGUGCGGGUCUUGGGGAGUCCGGCGGGGGUCGGGGGGGCCGGAAGUGGGCUUGGGAGCUUGGAGGGCGUCUAGGAAGAGAGAAAGUGGGGGGCCGGAAGUGCAGGUGGGGGGUGUGAAGACGGCAAGGGUUCCCCGGAAAUGGGAUAGGGGGCCCGGAAACCGGGAGAGGGGAGGUUCCAGGGCCAGAGACGGCCCGGAAAUGGAAACUAGGGAGCAGCUCGAGUGACAACAGUUGUGGGAAGCGAGGGUCAGAGGAGGGAGAGGCCGGAGUGACUUUAGACCGCAUGAAUGGUAGUGUCUAGAAAGGGUAUGUCCCUUCAAGAGAGAGGUGCCAAUGUCCAACCGGCCUAAUAACAAUCCAGGGGGGUCACUGCGACGUUCACAGAGGAACACUGCCGGGGCCCAACCACAAGACGACUCGACAGGAGGAAGGUCACAUUUAGGGCAGGCAAAACAUAAGGGAUAUAGCCCUCCUGAGAGUAGAAAAUCUAAUUCUAAGGCACCCAAAGUGCAGUCUAAUACUACUUCUGAACUGUCAAGGGGACACCUUUCUAAAAGAAGCUGCAGUUCAUCAUCUGCUGUCAUAGUCCCACAACCAGAGGAUCCAGACAGAGCCAACACUUCAGAAAGGCAGAAAACGGGGCAGGUGCCUAAGAAAGACAGUUCUCGAGGAGUGAAACGCAGUGCUAGUCCAGACUACAACAGGACCAAUUCUCCUAGCUCUGCAAAAAAACCAAAAGCACUUCAGCAUACUGAAUCUCCCUCAGAAACGAACAAGCCACAUAGUAAGUCAAAGAAGAGACAUUUAGACCAGGAGCAACAACUGAAAUCUGCACAAUCGCCAUCAACAAGCAAGGCUCAUACCAGAAAGAGUGGGGCCAGUGCUGGUUCACGGAGUCAGAAAAGAAAGAGGACAGAGAGUUCUUGUAUAAAGAGUGGUUCUGUGUCUGAAUCAACUGGUGCCGAAGAGAGAUCUGCAAAACCUACCAAGCUGGCUUCAAAAUCAGCCGCCUCAGCCAAAGCUGGGUGUAGCACCAUCACUGAUUCUUCUUCUGCUGCCUCUACUUCCUCCUCAUCUUCUGCUGUAGCCUCGGCCUCCUCCACGGUUCCACCAGGUGCCAGGGUGAAACAAGGAAAAGACCAGAACAAGGCCAGGCGUUCCCGUUCAGCGUCCAGUCCCAGUCCCAGAAGAAGCAGCAGGGAAAAGGAACAGAGUAAAACUGGUGGCUCUUCAAAAUUUGAUUGGGCUGCUCGUUUCAGCCCUAAAGUUAGCCUUCCUAAAACCAAACUGUCUCUUCCAGGGUCUUCUAAGUCAGAGACAUCAAAACCUGGACCUUCUGGAUUACAGGCCAAAUUAGCAAGUUUAAGAAAAUCUACCAAGAAGCGCAGCGAAUCCCCACCUGCUGAGCUCCCCAGUUUGAGGCGGAGCACACGCCAAAAGACCACGGGCUCCUGUGCUAGUGCCAGUAGGCGAGGCUCUGGCCUGGGCAAAAGAGGAGCAGCUGAAGCUCGUCGACAGGAGAAGAUGGCAGACCCUGAAGGCAACCAGGAGACAGUGAAUUCCUCAGCUGCACGAACUGACGAAACCCCUCAAGGAGCUGCAGCCUCUAGUUCUGUUGCAGGGGCUGUGGGCAUGACCACCUCUGGGGAGAGUGAAUCAGAUGAUUCUGAGAUGGGACGAUUACAAGCUCUGUUAGAGGCCAGGGGUCUUCCUCCUCACCUGUUUGGUCCUCUUGGUCCUCGGAUGUCACAGCUUUUCCAUAGAACAAUUGGAAGUGGAGCUAGUUCUAAGGCCCAGCAGCUUCUGCAAGGACUACAAGCAAGUGAUGAAAGUCAGCAGCUCCAGGCAGUUAUUGAAAUGUGUCAAUUAUUGGUCAUGGGAAAUGAGGAGACACUGGGAGGGUUUCCAGUCAAGAGUGUCGUUCCAGCUUUGAUAACAUUACUGCAGAUGGAGCAUAAUUUUGAUAUUAUGAACCAUGCUUGUCGAGCCUUAACGUACAUGAUGGAAGCACUUCCUCGAUCAUCUGCUGUUGUAGUAGAUGCAAUUCCUGUCUUUUUAGAAAAGCUGCAAGUUAUUCAGUGUAUUGAUGUGGCUGAGCAGGCCUUGACGGCCUUGGAGAUGUUAUCGCGUAGACACAGUAAAGCCAUUCUACAGGCGGGUGGUUUGGCAGACUGCUUGCUGUAUCUAGAGUUCUUCAGCAUAAAUGCCCAAAGAAACGCACUAGCAAUUGCAGCCAAUUGCUGCCAGAGUAUCACGCCGGAUGAAUUUCAUUUUGUGGCAGAUUCCCUCCCAUUACUUACCCAAAGGCUAACCCAUCAGGACAAAAAGUCAGUAGAAAGCACUUGCCUUUGUUUUGCACGUCUAGUGGACAACUUCCAACAUGAGGAGAAUUUACUCCAGCAGGUUGCCUCCAAAGAUCUGCUUACGAAUGUUCAACAACUAUUGGUAGUGACUCCACCAAUUUUAAGUUCUGGGAUGUUUAUAAUGGUGGUUCGCAUGUUUUCUCUUAUGUGUUCCAAUUGUCCAACUUUAGCUGUUCAACUAAUGAAGCAAAACAUUGCAGAAACACUUCACUUCCUCCUGUGUGGUGCCUCCAAUGGAAGUUGUCAGGAACAGAUUGACCUUGUUCCCCGAAGUCCUCAAGAACUGUAUGAACUGACAUCUCUGAUUUGUGAACUUAUGCCAUGUUUACCAAAAGAAGGCAUUUUUGCAGUUGACACCAUGCUGAAGAAGGGAAAUGCGCAGAACACAGAUGGCGCGAUAUGGCAGUGGCGCGACGACCGGGGCCUCUGGCAUCCCUAUAACAGGAUCGACAGCCGGAUCAUUGAGGUAGCAGCCCAUCAGGUCGGUGAGGAUGAGAUAAGCUUGUCCACUCUGGGACGAGUUUAUACUAUUGAUUUUAAUUCUAUGCAGCAAAUCAAUGAGGACACGGGAACAGCACGUGCCAUUCAGAGAAAACCUAACCCCUUAGCCAAUACUAACACUAGUGGAUAUUCAGAAUUAAAGAAGGAUGAUGCUCGAGCACAGCUUAUGAAAGAGGAUCCGGAACUGGCUAAGUCUUUUAUUAAGACAUUAUUUGGUGUUCUUUAUGAAGUGUAUAGUUCCUCAGCAGGACCUGCGGUCAGACAUAAGUGCCUUAGAGCAAUUCUUAGGAUAAUUUAUUUCGCGGAUGCUGAACUUCUAAAGGAUGUCCUGAAAAAUCAUGCUGUUUCAAGUCAUAUUGCUUCCAUGCUAUCAAGCCAAGACCUGAAGAUAGUGGUUGGCGCCCUUCAGAUGGCAGAGAUCUUAAUGCAGAAGUUACCUGAUAUUUUUAGUGUUUACUUCAGAAGAGAAGGUGUAAUGCAUCAAGUAAAACACUUAGCAGAAUCGGAGUCUUUGUUGACAAGUCCACCAAAGGCAUGUACGAAUGGUUCAGGAUCCUUGGGGUCCACAACAUCGGUCAGCAGUGGAACAGCCACGGCUGCCACUAAUGCCGCGGCUGACUUGGGGUCCCCCAGCUUGCAGCACAGCAGAGAUGAUUCUUUAGAUCUGAGCCCUCAAGGUCGAUUAAGUGAUGUUCUAAAGAGAAAACGACUGCCAAAACGAGGGUCAAGAAGGCCGAAGUAUUCACCUCCAAGAGAUGAUGACAAAGUAGACAAUCAAGCUAAAAGCCCCACGACUACUCAGUCACCUAAAUCUUCUUUCCUGGCAAGCUUGAAUCCAAAAACAUGGGGAAGGUUAAGUGCACAGUCCAACAGCAACAACAUCGAACCAGCGCGAACAGCGGGAGUUAGUGGUCUUGCCAGGGCCGCCUCAAAGGACACCAUAUCCAAUAAUAGAGAAAAAAUCAAAGGUUGGAUUAAAGAGCAGGCGCAUAAAUUUGUAGAGCGGUAUUUCAGCUCUGAGAACAUGGACGGAAGCAACCCCGCGCUGAACGUCCUGCAGAGACUGUGCGCUGCAGCCCAGCAGCUCGGCCUCCAGGUGGAUGGUGGAGCUGAGUGCCUUGUAGAAAUCCGUAGCAUAGUCUCAGAAUCAGAUGUUUCGUCAUUUGAAAUCCAGCAUAGCGGAUUUGUGAAACAACUGUUGCUGUAUUUGACAUCUAAAAGUGAAAAGGAUGCUGUGAGCAGAGAGAUCAGAUUAAAGAGAUUCCUCCAUGUCUUUUUUUCUUCUCCACUUCCUGGAGAAGAGCCCAUUGGAAGAGUAGAACCAGUGGGUAAUGCACCUUUGUUGGCAUUAGUUCACAAGAUGAACAACUGCCUCAGCCAGAUGGAACAAUUUCCAGUCAAAGUUCAUGACUUUCCCAGUGGGAAUGGGACGGGAGGCAGCUUUUCUCUCAACAGAGGAUCACAGGCUUUAAAAUUUUUCAACACACAUCAGUUAAAAUGCCAGUUACAAAGACAUCCGGACUGUGCAAACGUGAAGCAGUGGAAGGGUGGACCUGUCAAGAUUGACCCCCUGGCUUUGGUACAAGCUAUUGAGAGAUACCUUGUAGUUAGAGGGUAUGGAAGAGUAAGAGAAGAUGAUGAAGACAGUGACGAUGACGGCUCUGAUGAGGAAAUAGACGAGUCUCUGGCUGCUCAGUUCUUAAAUUCAGGCAACGUAAGACACAGGCUGCAGUUUUACAUUGGAGAACAUUUGCUACCAUAUAACAUGACCGUGUACCAGGCAGUACGGCAGUUCAGUAUACAGGCCGAAGAUGAAAGGGAGUCCACUGAUGAUGAGAGCAAUCCUCUAGGAAGGGCUGGUAUCUGGACGAAAACGCAUACAAUAUGGUACAAACCCGUGAGGGAGGAUGAAGACAGUAAUAAAGAUUGUGUUGGUGGUAAAAGAGGAAGAGCCCAAACAGCUCCAACAAAAACAUCCCCUAGAAAUGCAAAAAAGCAUGAUGAGUUAUGGAAUGAUGGAGUGUGCCCAUCAGUAUCAAAUCCUUUAGAAGUUUACCUCAUACCCACACCACCUGAAAAUAUAACUUUUGAAGACCCGUCAUUAGAUGUGAUUCUUCUUUUAAGAGUUUUACAUGCCAUCAGUCGAUACUGGUAUUAUUUGUAUGAUAAUGCAAUGUGCAAGGAGAUUAUCCCAACUAGUGAAUUUAUUAACAGUAAGUUGACAGCAAAAGCAAAUAGGCAGCUUCAAGACCCUUUAGUCAUCAUGACAGGAAACAUCCCAACAUGGCUCACUGAGCUAGGAAAAACCUGCCCAUUUUUCUUCCCUUUUGAUACCCGGCAAAUGCUUUUUUAUGUAACUGCAUUUGAUCGGGACCGAGCAAUGCAAAGAUUACUUGAUACCAACCCAGAAAUCAACCAGUCUGAUUCUCAAGAUAGCAGAGUUGCACCUAGAUUGGAUAGAAAAAAACGUACUGUGAACAGAGAAGAGCUGCUGAAACAAGCGGAGUCUGUGAUGCAGGAUCUUGGCAGCUCACGGGCUAUGUUGGAAAUCCAGUAUGAAAACGAGGUUGGCACAGGUCUUGGGCCUACACUGGAGUUUUAUGCACUUGUAUCUCAGGAACUACAGAGAGCUGACUUGGGGCUCUGGAGAGGGGAAGAAGUAACUCUUAGCAAUCCGAAAGGAAGCCAAGAAGGGACCAAGUAUAUUCAAAACCUCCAAGGCCUGUUUGCGCUUCCCUUUGGUAGGACCGCUAAGCCAGCUCACAUCGCAAAGGUUAAGAUGAAGUUCCGCUUCCUAGGAAAGUUAAUGGCCAAGGCUAUCAUGGAUUUCAGAUUGGUGGACCUUCCCCUGGGCUUACCUUUUUAUAAAUGGAUGCUGCGGCAGGAAACUUCGUUGACAUCACAUGAUUUGUUUGACAUUGACCCAGUUGUAGCCAGAUCGGUGUAUCACCUAGAAGACAUUGUCAGGCAGAAGAAAAGACUUGAACAAGAUAAAUCCCAGACCAAAGAGAGUCUACAAUAUGCAUUAGAGACCCUGACUAUGAACGGCUGCUCAGUUGAAGAUCUAGGAUUGGACUUCACUCUGCCAGGGUUCCCUAACAUCGAGCUGAAGAAAGGAGGGAAGGACAUACCCGUCACCAUCCACAACCUAGAGGAGUACCUCAGACUGGUUAUAUUCUGGGCACUAAAUGAAGGUGUUUCCAGGCAAUUUGAUUCAUUCAGAGAUGGAUUUGAAUCAGUCUUUCCCCUCAGUCAUCUUCAGUACUUCUAUCCGGAAGAACUGGACCAGCUCCUGUGCGGCAGUAAAGCGGACACUUGGGACGCAAAGACGCUGAUGGAAUGCUGCAGGCCAGACCACGGUUAUACGCAUGACAGUCGGGCUGUGAAGUUCUUGUUUGAGAUUCUCAGUAGUUUUGAUAAUGAGCAGCAGAGGUUAUUUCUCCAGUUUGUGACAGGUAGCCCAAGAUUGCCUGUUGGAGGCUUCCGGAGCUUGAAUCCACCUCUGACAAUUGUCCGGAAGACAUUUGAAUCAACGGAAAACCCAGAUGACUUCCUGCCCUCUGUAAUGACCUGUGUGAACUACCUUAAGUUGCCGGACUAUUCAAGCCUUGAGAUCAUGCGGGAGAAGCUGUUGAUGGCCGCGCGGGAGGGGCAGCAGUCCUUCCAUCUCUCCUGAUCACAGCGAGCCACGCGGUGUCUGCCUGUUACAGCAAAAGAGAAAAAUCAUGAUUUCUUUUCUAAAUGUAUCACCUGAGUCAAGGAAACAUGUUACGCCUUCUUGUUGUAGGAAAAACGGCUUGCAGAUUACAAAAGAGACACUUGGUUCAUAUUCAUUAAUGGCCCCAUGGACUUAAAGUGAUCAGGCCCUAAAACAUUGUUGUGAUGAGGUUUCUUUAGCAAGUUCUUGUUUAAAUUAUCAUUUAUUUGAUGAGUGAAGUUUUUAACUUGCUUUGCUGUGUGAAAUUUACAAAAGGGAUGUUUUCCAGGCUGAAACAAUAAAUGUCGCUGUGCAGUUUAAUUCUGGGCUGUGUGUAUCCAUCUAGCUAAGUCUGCAGUUUUGUUUCCUCCAAAGACAGCUCUUGUACAUAAGUACAGAAAUUCAAACUCACAUGUAUUUGACAAAUACAGUUCGGUAGGUUAGCUCCACGUGCUUUUCACUCCCUUCAGUUUCCCGCCCUGGUCCCUGUCCUGUCUGUGCGGUUCACACCGUCUUUGUAUACGAUACCCACAGUUGGUACAUUUCCAUUCGCCAUGAGCUUUUGUUCCGUGUCCUCUCUCAAAUUAAGAUAUAAUUUAAAAUUCAUGGAAUUGAAAUAUAUUGUCAGUAUAAUUCAGCCUUUGUAACUAGGUAGCCUUUUCUUAUAGCUUAGUUUUAAUAUAGUUGUAGGGUAUUACCGGCCUCCCACCGGUGACACACGAGGACUGUUUACAUGGCGAUUCCGGCAACGGCCACCCCUGGAGUGGAGACGGAGGAGCUCAUUCACUUCUUUUGUGUAGGUCAACAGGUCUCCAGCUUGGGCUGGCCAGUAUUUAUUAUCCUAUGGCCAGAACAUUUGGAAUUAAUGUACGGUUUUAAAUGAAAUUAGCAGCUUUCAUUCCCUGUCGGAGUUGGAAAAAAAAAAAGUUUUUCUCCCUUGUUCUGGUUUUAAGUUUUUGUUCAUCGUCUUCUUUCAUUUUUCCACCCUCCUCUUCCCCUGCUGCCAGUGCUCACUUGGGACAAACAGCUCAGCCUUUGUCUCGACACAGAUAAAAGCACCUGUAAGCAAUGCUCUGUCCAGUUGUUUUAUGUGCUGAUUUCUCAAAUCUGCAAUAAUUCAUCAGGUUGAUGUUUUUACCUGAAAAUAAAUAAAGUUUGCUUCACCUUUUUGUUUAUAGUUCUGUGCUGUAUGCAAAACUUGGAUUGUAGAGAUGUCUCAGUGCAAGCGGACCACCAUGUGUCCAUGAUCUUGCGUCAUGACUGACGCGCUAUUCAAAGAAUUUCUAAUAGCAACUUGAAGAACAUAAAAUAUGGAAAGAAAAUGGGAGGAGAUUCCUUCCUUCCUAAGGUUCAAAAUUAAGCCUGUUGCAUAGAUUUGAGAGAAUUUCCAUAAUUCAUCUUUCUGAAAAUGAGAGAUGAGCUCAUUGUUUUGUUUUGUUUUGUUUUAUUGGACUUUGAGAAAUCAAUUUUCUUUUGUUUGCUGUUCCAAAGUCUUAUUUAAUGGAUGUAGAGACCCCUUUGUUCCCUAUUCCACCACCUAAAAGAAACUCAGCGGUUUGUUUAAUUUGGAUUCCUGUGUCGUUUUACACUUAAAUGGCCUUAUAUGAGCAGCCCCUUUCUCAGUGACCCUGUGAAGUGGACUGGAGCCGGGAAGGGCGCUGGUGGCAUGGCUCCCUGGUCCUUGCAGAGGCCCUGGCAAGCGAGCCGCUUCCCGCUGAAAUCAGGAAAGGGAGCUGGGUUUCUUGCAGUUCUGACCUUGACAGCCUAGGAGCUGUGCAGUUUAAUCAAGCGAAACUACUGUUAAUGAACCAGUUGGUUUUAAACUGUUCUGACACCUUUUUACAAACUAAGCACAAAAGACUUUUGCCGAAACAUGACAUUUUGUUUCUCAUUUUUUAAAGGGUUUUGUUGUUAGGAUUUAGACAUAUGUACAAACAAAGUAAUGUUUCAUUUUCAAACACCUGUAUUUGACAUUUGAUCCAUAUCACGGCCCUGGCAGAUUUGGCCUCAUUGAUUUCAGCAUCAAACGAGUACCUUUGGCAGUUUUGAAUCAAACUCUGGAGCUUGAUUGUUUCAGAGUCAGUAGUUAGCUGUUCAAAAGCUUUCAGUCUUUAGCUUACUCCUUAAUUUGGGGGAUCCUUGGUUAAGUAGGUGCAGGAAGACUCUUCCCAUUGCAAAGCAUCUCCCUCGGCAGAGGCCUUAAUACUGCUUCGUAGGGAAAAACACACUUCAUUUGCUGUUGCUCCAGUUAUGCCUUAAGUUUCUUUGCUUAGUAAUCCUGUCAACGCAUUACUUUCUAAGUACUCUUUACACACAUAGACCUUUGGGUAGUGAUGAAGAUUUUGUUGUCUUUGAGUUUUCGCCAAGGCAGAGUCCGAUGUUAGUCACAGCUAACACUGAGUGGCGCUGCCACGUAGACAGUCACUGAUGGGAUCUGCUUUGUACAUGAAAACACUUUUAACUAUUUAAGAAGGAAGGAAAAGUUAGGUUCAUGUAUUCCCCUCCUCCCAGCCCCCCAGAGAAGUGAACUGUAAGUUCUAGACAGUCUUCCUAGGAAGACACGGAGAGUUCCAGAUGCCUUAGCCACGCCCAGCAGGAGCCUUACACGCAGCUUCUCAUUGGACACAAGAGUUUUCUCUUCUUCAGCCCUGGUUCCCCGUGUUUUCACCGCAGCAUUCUGUAAAGAAGGUCGUAUCCCCAAGUCCGUCCUUCCUUGGCUGUUCCCGUGACUCUGGUACAGAACGGGGGGAGGGGAGGUGCCGCUGGCUGACAUCCCUCCCUGUUCUGGGGCGUCAAGGCCACAAGGCUAAGGGACAGGACCCCGACUUCUGCAUCCAAGAAAUCGAUUCAACUCCCGAUUUUCCACAGUAAGGGUCAUCACUAGACAGUUAGUAGUUUGUCUUCCCUUUAGUUCUACUCGUGUUGAGGUUGCACUCCCAAUUGCUGCCAGUGAGUAAACUGGGGAAGUGGGGUUGUCUUGCUGGGGAAAGACCUAACCGUGCAUUCAGAAACCAAGUCCUUCUGAGGGGGGUGGGGGUCUGGAUACUCCUGUUCAUUCUUCAUUGGCAAAAAUGAUCAAGCCUUUAAUUCAUUUUAUCUGAGGCUUUGUUUUUUUGACCCAGUUUAUUUUCCCUGCUGUAAUGAGAACGUUGUUUGGAAAUGUCAUUCUGUAUUUCUAACUCUGAAAAAUGCUUCUGUAUGGGUCUUCGGUGUGACGCUGCAGUAGCUGGCAUCCCUGAUAAAGGAUAACCUAGUGACGAAUCACUGAAAACGCUUCCUUUGUUACCUCAAAAGAAAAAAAAAUUCCAAACAAAAUAUAGCAUUUAUAUUUAUAGAAAACGGAGGAUUGGCUGUUUUCCAAGAACUUCAAGUUAAUUCUUAUGCAAAAAAAGUUCUUAAUUCUAAAGACUUGUUCUGCAUAAAGGAGACAUUCUUUAAUAAUGGAAGAGGUGGUUUUAUUUUUACAACAAGCUUACUCAUUACCAAACCUAUAACCAAUUGCUGAUCUCCUGUGUAAAGCAUUUUUUUUCUCUUACCUGAAACAGUGAUUUAUAUGAACUGUUGGAAUAAUGGAACCUCAAACUACAGAUGUGUAUGUAAAAUUGCAUAAAUGCACUGACUUCCUUCUCCCUGAAUAUAUUUUUAAUAAACAGCAUUA